ACACUCAGCAUGUCCCCAGACUAAGAGACUCAGAAAGGGAUCAUCACAUCUCUUCUCACAUCUCCUGAAUGUUUCUGGGUGGAGCAGACUGGAGGUGAAUCAAGAGUCUCAUGGACAGUUUGUGUAGGAGAACUAGGAAACAACAGACAACAAUAAACCAAUGAAUUCUCUGGACUUAAUUGUUCUCUGCUGCUGCUUUACUGUGUUUUGGUGAUUGGGAUACAUACACCUGGACUUGGGAACAGUGUCACAAGACUGUACGGAGAAAGACCAUUAAACAUUAGCAGGAUUGCAUAAUAGAGGAAUCCUACUCAAUCAAAGCCUUCUUCACGACAGGUCAAAGAAACAGUGGUGGAGGAACGAACAUGGUUGGUACGGGAGGCGAAGUGGCCACUUUCUCGGUGUGGGAUUAUGUGGUGUUUGCUGGGACAAUUUUGGCUGCUGCUGGCAUUGGGCUCUUCCAGGCCAUACGGACCCGCAAGGAGACCAGCAGCGAUGAGUUCUUGUUGGGUGGACGGCAGAUGACUGCUGUGCCGGUUGCAAUGUCACUGACUGCCAGCUUCAUGUCUGGCAUCACAGUCAUUGGCACGCCGGCUGAGGUCUACCGCUUUGGAGCUGCCUUCUGGCUCUUCACCUUCUCCUACGCCAUCAUGUCUGCUAUCACUGCGGAGAUCUUUGUCCCAUUUUUCUACCGUUUAGGGAUCACCAGUGCCUAUGAGUACCUGGAGAUGCGCUUCAGCCGGCCCAUUCGAAUAAUUGGGACGUCGAUGUACGUCGUGCAGACGGUGCUGUACACCGGUUUGGUCAUCUAUGCUCCAGCUUUGGCACUAAAUCAAAUCACUGGACUUAAUCUGUGGGGCGUGCUGGUGGCUACAGGAGCAGUGUGCAUCCUCUAUUGCACUUUGGGCGGACUAAAAGCAGUGAUCUGGACAGACGUGUUUCAGAUGGUGAUCAUGCUUUCAGGUUUUGUGGCUGUUAUAGCGAGAGGAGCUGUUCUGCAGGGAGGCCUGACAAAGGUUUGGGAAGAUGUCCGCCAAGGAGGGCGACUCGAUGUGUUUGAUUUUGACCCCGAUCCUCUGAAGCGACACACAUUCUGGACCAUUGUAGUCGGUGGCAGCAUAAUGUGGGUGUCAAUCUACUCUAUCAACCAGUCCCAGGUGCAGCGUUACAUCUCCUGCAAAUCCCUGGCACAUGCAAAGAUGGCUCUGUAUGUGAACAUGGUCGGCUUAUGGGUGACAGUGAGUCUGGCUGUGGUUUCGGGCCUUGUCAUGUACUCCAUUUACAGGAAUUGUGACCCACUUUCAAACGAUGACAUAAGCACUUCUGAUCAGCUGCUGCCAUACCUUGUGAUGGACAUUCUGGCAGAAUACCCUGGAAUCCCUGGCUUGUUUGUGGCUGCUGCCUACAGUGGGACUCUUAGCACGGUGUCCUCCAGCAUUAACGCUCUGGUCGCUGUCACUGUGGAAGACUUCAUUUUUCCUGUGUGCAGAGACCUCACAGACAGACAAGUGUCCUGGUUGAACAUGGGCCUGAGUGUAUUCUAUGGGGCUGUGUGUAUUGGAAUGGCUGGAGUUGCCUCAGCAAUGGGAGGCGUUCUGCAGGCAGCUCUGUCCAUAUUUGGUAUGAUCAGUGGGCCUCUCCUGGGUCUGUACUUGCUGGGCAUGUUUUUCCCCACAUCAAAUUCAGUGGGAGGACUAGUGGGAAUGAUCUGUAGUCUAGCGCUGACCCUGUGGGUGGGGAUCGGAGGCCAGCUCUACCCGCCAACAGCUGAGAAGACAAAUCCUCUUCCCCUCACCACUGUGGGUUGUUUAAACAGUCAGAACUAUUCAACGACAGCUCCCUGGACCAGUCCUGUAACACAUACCACGCUGCCCGAUGUGAGACCAGCGUUGGCCGACUCUUGGUACUCUCUGUCCUAUCUGUACUUUGCUCUCAUGGGUGCACUGAUAACAAUAGUGCUUGGUCUGCUGGUGAGCAUGGCCACAGGUGGAUGUAAACAAGAGGACGUGAACCCUGAUGCGCUUGUGAAGAAGAGUGACCUGAUCUGCUUCAGCUGCUUCAGCAAAUCACAGGAGUUGGAUGUCACGGAAAAGGACAGAACAUUGAUGUUCAUUGAAGCGAACAGUUCAGUACUCAUGGACUUUGAUGGGAAGAGCGUCAGUGUUGAAAAAAUUACCAAACUGUAACAGGAUCUUGUCAACACACAUUUGAAUUGUUCAUAUAUAUAUGUUUGAAUUGUUUAUAUAUAUAUAUAUAUAUAUAUAUACAUAUAUAUGUAUAUAUAUAGAGAGAUUGAUAUUUUUCUUAACUGACAAUGCUUGUACAAACCAAAAAAAAGCACCAAGCACUGUAAUAGUAAAUUUACAGCAUAAACUUUGAUAAAAGACUGACCUGCACCCUUUGCUCCCAUUUCCUGUUUAGCAAAUGUUUUCCUUUUAUUGCCCUUUAUUCAGACAUCCACCCUGAUAGCAGCUUUAUAUCAUUCACACAUGAAGUAUUCAUGUUGCCCUUUGUGUAUUUGUUUAUUCUCUGUACAAAUUAUUUACAACUUGUAUAAAUUUUUUUUGAUGUGUAUUAUGUGUUUAACGGUUGGUGUUGUUUUACUUAACUCGUUGCUUUUUAAUUUGUUUUGUAAUAUAUCAAUAAAGAUAUAAUAGUAA